UUUUGAGAGUUUUGAGAUUAUUUGUCUUUCCUUUUCGGGAAUGGAUCAUCAGCCUGAGAAGGAUGAUCAUGAUGAUCACUCUCAAGUGAUUGAAUCAGAGAGCAAAGAAAAAGAGGUUUUUCCUGAUGGGAUGAGGGUUUUGGCUGUAGAUGAUGAUAUUGUUUGCCUCAGAACGCUUCAGGCAGUUCUGCAACACUGCCGCUAUAAAGUUAAGAUUGCCUCGGAUGGAGCCACAGCCCUUAAGCUAUUAUGGGAGGAAAAAGACAAUUUUGAUAUUGUGAUUACUGAUGUUCACAUGCCUGACAUGGAUGGAUUUAGGCUAUUGGAGAUUGUUAGUUUGGAAAUGGACAUACCCGUAAUUAUGAUUUCUGCAAAUGGUGACAAGGACAUGGUGAUGAAGGGUAUAAAGCAUGGAGCCAGGGACUACUUGCUAAAACCUAUUCGAAAGGAGGAGCUCCAAAACAUAUGGCAACAUGUGAUUAGACCAAAAUUAUUUAACCCUAAUGAAUCAAUUGUCCAAAAGGAAAUUACAGAUCAAAAUUCAAAAUCUACUAAAAGACAAAGAGGGCAAAGCAAGGAGAAAGAAAAUACCCUAAACAAUGACCCUGGUGAAGACAUUUCAAAACAAAAAAAGCAAAGGGUUGUUUGGACAUCUCAACUGCAGGAGAAGUUCUAUAAUGCAGUUCAUGAAAUAGGAAUAGAUAAAGCUGUUCCUAAGAAGAUACUUGAACAUAUGAAUGAACCAGGGGUUACUAGAGAAAAUGUUGCAAGCCAUCUUCAGAAAUUCAGAAAUAUUAUGAAGAAGAACAGUAUGGCUACUGAAAGCCAACAAAGCAGUAAAAAUUUUGAUUCAAAAAAUGGAAUUAGUAGGCAACCAUCAAGUGUUAAGAGAAUCACUGAUCAGCCUGAUGGAUUUGAAGUUAAGGGUUGUAAGAAUCCGGGUUCAGUUCAACAUAGUCAAUUCGUUACGAAUUCGUGCUUUUCCGACAUUUCUGCAGCAAAUCGAAAGCCUUUCUCUGUAUUUCCAGCUAUAAACCAGCAAGGAGUUUCACUUCAACAUUUUCCACAAGUUCCUGAAAUUAUGGAUCAAUUAUGGCAGAGAAAGCAUAUUCCUGGUUCUGGAUAUUACUCAUCAAAUCCAUUAAGGAUGAAUACUACUUUACAUCACCAUACAGAUUUUAAUGGGCUAAAGUAUCAGUAUCAGUGUUUUCCUCCAAGAAACACAAUAUUUGAUGAUUACAUGGAGAUUCCUUCACAUGUUCCCUUUUAUAAUGUUGGUAGUGGACUUUGUUCAAGCAAUUUUGCUUUGAAUGGAUCUGCAUCAACUUCAUACCCUAAUUUAUGCUUUGGUGGUUCUAAUGCUUCAUAUACCAUUCCAACAGAUGCUUCAACUGAGCUAAGUAUGAUUGUUCAACAUGAUUCAAUUUUUCUUUCAGUUACUUAA